GAACAUUCCGCCGUCGGGCAGGAGGGACAUGGCAGUAGCGGGCGUUACGAGAGUAUUUUCGCGGGGAAAGCAGAAAUGGGGUUCAUCUCUCGCCCAUAGGACAGGUUUAGGCUUCCCUCAGUUGCUGGGUUGUAAACAGAAAUCAUCACACAGUUUGCUUAACCGGUCUGAUCAACCCAAACUCGCUUAUAAUAAGCUGAAAGGCAGGAAUCCAGGGGUUGUCUUCCUGCCCGGUAUUUUUUCAAAUAUGAAUGGUGUAAAGGUGCUUGCAUUAGAAGAUUUCUGCAAAUCAGUUGGUCAUGCUUUUGUAAGGUUUGAUUACAGAGGCUGUGGGAGUUCAGAAGGCAGUGUAAAAGAUUGUACUUUAGGAAAGUGGCGGAAAGAUGUGCUUUCAGUACUGGAUGAACUCACAGAGGGACCACAGAUUUUAGUUGGUUCCAGUUUGGGUGGAUGGUUGAUGCUUCAUGCUGCAAUUGCCCGUCCAGAAAAAAUAGCUGCACUAGUUGGAAUAGCUGUAGCUGCAGACCAUAUUGUAUCAACUUUUCAACAACUUCCUGUAGAGAUGGCCAAUAGAGGACCAAGCUAUGGCUUAAGCCGAGAAGUUCAAGAAAAGAUUGAACAGAAAUAUGAUCCAGAACUGGAAAGUCGUUUAGUGGAUUGGAUUAUUAUGCAAUGUGGUGAAAAUAUAGAGCACCCCCCUCCCGGAAAACAACAUUUUCAGAAAUGGCUAAUGGAUGGAAUACUGCUCUGCAAGUUAAUAAACAAUCUUCAUCCCAAGGGAAAAGAACCUAUUGCAAGGAUCACAGAAUCAAAGAUGGCUUUCAAACAAAUGGAACAAAUUUCUCAGUUCUUGAAAGCUGCAGAAAUCUAUGGAGUACGAACAACAGAUAUCUUCCAGACAGUAGAUUUAUGGGAAGGAAAAGACAUGGCUGCUGUGCAAAGGACUCUAAUGGCUUUAGGCAGUGAAGCUGUUACAAGAGAUGAUGGAUGCUACAAAGGGGAUCCCUCCUGGUUUCACAGGAAAGCACAGAAGAACCAGCGAGGAUUUUCUGAAGAGCAGCUUCGCCAAGGUCAGAAUGUCAUUGGUCUUCAAAUGGGAAGUAACAAGGGAGCAUCCCAGUCAGGAAUGACAGGAUACGGAAUGCCAAGACAGAUCAUAUAGUUUAAAACCACCUUUAAACUCUCACUUACUCACUUGGUAGCAUGGCCUGACUGAAAAACACAUAGCUAGUUAAUGUUCAUGCUGAGAUCUGCUUCUAGGUUUUCUCUCUAAGAUUAUGUAUGUGUGUGUAUAUGCAUAUGCAUAUGUAUACACACACACACACAUAUAUAUACAAUCUUUCGACUGAAAUUGUGGAUCUGUGUGCUUGUUGCGUGUUAGUUCACAUAGCACGCUGACACCAUAUGAUGUUCAUUUUUGAACUAUGCAAAGACUAUUUUUCUGUAUUUAUUUGCAAUUUGUUAUUUUCUGUACCCUUGUCUUAUUGAACUGCCUAUAACUUCUCAGUCCUUUUCUUCUCUACUCUAUUCUACUCUCCUCUUCUAAA